AUGACCCGACAAACUUCCACAGCCCCAGACUUCUACGAGAUCCUAAACCUCCCCUUCCCAGGCCCCUCGACAGCCCCAUUCUCGAAACAACAGCUUAAAACCGCCUACCACAAAGCUCUCCUGAAAUAUCACCCGGAUAAAGCGCCGAGCGCCAGCGCAAUCGCAAAGGAACAAAUUACCACCCCUCUCCCCUCCGCCGAUAACGAACCCUCGCGGACCGGGAACAAACCUAUCACCGUCGACGAGAUCACAACCGCAUACAAGACACUCUCAGAUGCUACGCUACGCGCCGAGUAUGACCGUGCUCUCCGGCUAGACCGGAGUCGGCUGGCCGGGCGAGAGAAGAACGGCGGCGCGGUUUUCCAUACAGGGUUGGAGGUCGUUGAUCUCGAGGAUCUUGCGUACGAUGAGGACUCUGAUCCUGAGGGAGGCGAUAUCUGGUAUCGGGGUUGUAGGUGUGGUGACGAACGGGGUUUUUUGGUGUCGGAAAGGGAUCUGGAAAGAGAGGCGGAGCAUGGGGAGAUUGUUGUUGGAUGUCGCGGGUGUAGCCUAUGGAUGAAGGUACUGUUUGCAGUGCAGGAUGAUGAUGGUGAUGAUGAUGGAAAUGAUAAUGGGGAUGGGCAGAAGACGUGA